UGGACAUGGUGUAUGGAUGACCUGCGCCUAAUACCUCUUGCUGGAAAUCAAGCAAGUCUGUGAGAGGCAAAGAGCAUCUCCAUGCGGCCUAUAUCUUUCCAAAUGAAGGCAAGAUUGCCUAUGCUGAUUAGCGUGUCGGGAUGCUCCUCUCCUAGCAACCUCGAACUCGUCUCCAUCACUGGCAGAAACAGCAACUCGGCCUCCUUCCUACCGGCCUUGGUUCCGGUACGUCGACGCCAGGUUGCCUCAGUACGUUUUCAGGAACCUAUCUAGGACUAGUAGACAUUGCCUCGAGCCAGUGAAGAUACUUCUCGCAUAGAAAGGUAUCGAUUGAUCCACCAUCCUGGAGAUCCCUGUUCACAUUCUUGGGGUUACAUUUACGCAGAUGGUCGAUCCAGUAAACACACGAGUACCGUACUGCGGCU